AUGUCAAUUCAGGAAAGCGACCAAAUCAAACAACUCAGCGACAUAUUCAAACGCUUCGACAUGGACUCCGACGGCAGCCUCACGCACCUCGAGCUGGCAGCGCUCCUCCGGUCCCUCGGAAUCAAACCCACCGGCGAUGAGAUAUACGCGCUGCUCUCCAACAUGGACGAAAACGGCAACGGAUACAUCGAGUUCGACGAGCUCCUGCACGCGAUCAUGCCCGACCUCAACGAGCAGGUUCUCAUCAACCAGGAGCAGCUGCUCGAGGUCUUCCGCUCCUUCGACCGCGACGGCAACGGCUACAUCACGGCGUCGGAGCUCGCCGGCUCCAUGGCCAAGAUGGGCCAUCCCCUCUCCUACAACGAGCUCACCUCUAUGAUGGCCGAGGCCGACAGCAACGGCGACGGUGUCAUUAGCUUCAACGAGUUCGCCACCCUCAUGGCCAAAUCUGCCGCCGAUUUUCUCGGCCUCCAUGUCGCCUAGAACCUCCUCCCUCUUUUGCUUCGUCUUCUCUUUUUUUCUGUAACUUCUUUAGGCUACGUUCGCUUUGGGUGUUGACUUCUCUGUAUAUAUAAACACUUCUCCGGACGUGAAUGCAGAUUCUUCUUGUUGCUUUUUAAUAAGAAAAUAUUACAAAUUAGUCUGCAA